AUGUAUCCAGAGUUAAUUGAAGUGACAGAUGAAGAAGCUGGAAGAAAUUUGUUGCACUUAGCCGCGGAGUAUAGACAUGAGUCCAUAAUAGACUUGUUGAAGUCAUCGUCAACUAAUUCAAAGAGGAACUUGGACAUGUUGGUCGUGGGAAUUGAUAAAGGUGGUAAUUCCCCACUUCACGCUGCUGCUAAGCUUGGAACACAUAAACCGUGGCACGUCCGCGGAGCAGCACAAUGGAUGCAGCGGGAAUGUGUUUGGUUUCAGCGCGUAAAAUGUCUACUUCCGCCACAUGUGUUGAUUAUGAAGAAUUGCAAUAACCAAUAUGCUUACCAAGUAUUCACUGAAACUCAUAGAGAUCUAAGAGAAAAAGGUGAGAGAUGGUUAAAAGAAGCAUCAAAUGUUUGUCUGUUUAUAUCGGCUCUAAUAGCAACUGUGAUGUUUGCAUCCGCCUUCACUACACCAGGUGGAAACGACUCACAUUCAGGUCGUCCAGUCUUACUCAAGAACCAAGAUUUUGUACCAUUUCUUCAUUACGCAGGUUUAUCUUUGUUCUUUUCUCUUAUAUCUUUGGGUCUGUUUUUCUCCAUCCAUACCGCUCCCUUUGACGAAUACGAAUUCUUUUUACGGUUUCCUUUAAGGGUGGUGUUUGCUGCAACUGCUUUAGUCAAUUCCGUUACUUUCACGGUUUGUGGGUUCUUCCAAACGUGGAUGCUUAUAAGUGGCUGGACAUUCCCUUUAGGCCUGCUUUGCUUUGAUAUUGGAUUAGCUUCUGUUGGGGUUGUCUUCAUUGCUGAAUUAUACGCGGACAUCAUCGUGGGCUUUAUCUGUUAG